CCGCGAAGCAUCAACACCAAAUGCCACCCCACAUGCAUGCUGUGUAUACCGAGCUAUAGAACAUGAGGAGAUAGGCUUGGCAUAUCAUAAUGGCGCUUUCAUAUAUUCGCCAGCUCUACUCCCUGGACACGUUGGACACGCGCUUCGUCGUUCCGGCCACCGCACCCCCUAAGGAAGCUCUCGAAGAGGCAAAGGUCGACCCUGCAGACCCUCUCCCAGCACCAAAUGGAAAGGACAAGAGUAGGGGUGGUACAGACAAUGUCCAGCCGGCACGAUGGAAGACCAACGAAUUCUACUUUUACUACGUCGUCAUAUCAGUUAGUGUCUUUUUCAUGUUCAAGCUGGUAAUUGAUUGUUCGAAAGAGUCACAUCCGAAUUUCUCAAAGUUCUCUCAUCUGUUAUCGGACGGUUGGAUUUCAGGCCGCAAAGUGGACAACACAGAUGCACAGUAUUCAGGCUUCCGGCAGAAUGUCCCCUACCUCUUCAUAGUGGUCACACUUCACCCACUGUUGCGAAAAGCCUACGAUGCUUUCUGGCGAGCCGACACGUACACUCAGGCCCGUCCAUCCCCUGGAGGCUUGACCAUGGGCUUGACCCCUGCAGCUGCCGCGGAUGCUCGCCUGAACCAGCGUGUGUCCUUCGACGUGGGCUUUGCAGUGGUCUUCCUGGCUGCGCUGCAUGGCUUCUCAAUGUUCAAGAUUCUUGCCAUCCUGUACUUGAAUUACCAGGUUGCUAUGAAGCUGCCGAGAACAUACGUCCCAGGCGCAACAUGGAUCUUCAACCUUGCCGUCUUGUUUGCGAAUGAGCUGCUACACGGCUAUCACUACUCUGAACUCUUUGGCUUCUUCCUUCCGUCAACACUCUCGGAGAAAGGGGAACCAACCAGAAACUUCGGCCACACGCUCGACAGCUACGGCGGACUCAUCCCGCGUUGGGACGUCCUCUUCAAUUUCACAGUUCUCCGUCUGAUCAGCUUCAAUCUCGACUACUACUGGAGCCUGAACACCCGUGCCAACAGUCCUCUUGAGAAGAAGCAACUCGAUCCCUCCAACCUCUCGGAACGCGACCGUGUCUCCAUCCCCGCUAAACCUCACGACUUCAACUUCCGGAACUACUUCGCUUACACCAUGUACUCACCGUUGUACCUUGCCGGCCCAAUCCUCACCUUCAACGACUACAUCUCGCAAGCCCGCUACAGGCCACACAGCAUAACCUCCGCGCGCACGACUCGCUACGCCAUCCGUUUCAUCGUCGUCCUGCUGACAAUGGAGAUCAUGAUCCACUACAUGUACAUGGUCGCCAUCUUCCACGCCAAGCCCGACUGGACAAACUACACCCCCGCCCAACUCUCUAUGCUAGGCUUCUUCAACCUCAAGCACAUCUGGCUCAAACUUCUCAUUCCUUGGCGCUUCUUCCGCCUCUGGGCCCUCCUCGACGGCAUCGACCCGCCCGAGAACAUGGUGCGCUGCAUGAGCGACAACUACAGCGUCAUGCAGUUCUGGCGCGGCUGGCACCGUUCCUUCAACAAAUGGUCACUCCGAUACUUAUACAUCCCGCUCGGCGGCUCCGCUUUACCAGGCUUCUGGGGCAAGGUCAGAGGCAUCGCGAACUACCUCGCCGUCUUCUCGUUCAUCGCGAUAUGGCACGACAUCCAGCUGCGGCUGCUCAUGUGGGGCUGGCUGGUUACGCUCUUCGUGCUGCCUGAGAUUAUCGCUGGAUACCUCUUCCCGGCGCGCAAGUACAAGAACAACCCGGACUUAUACCGUAUGCUGUGCGGUGUGGGCGCCGUCGGCGAGAUCCUGAUGCUCAUGGUUGCCAAUCUGGUUGGGUUUGCGCUUGGUCUUGACGGUCUCGACGGACUCAUUAAAGGUAUCACGUCCUCCUGGUCUGGAUGGGGCUUUCUGGCAACGGCGUGUUUUGCGCUAUUCACAGGCGUGCAGUUCAUGUUUGAGUGGAGGGAGGCGGAGAAGAGGAGGGGAAUCAAGAUGAAGUGUUGA